UUUUACGCUAUGGGCGAAGGAAUAACACGUCAGUCUCUAACGCCUACAUUUCCCAUCAGCCCCGGCCGAGUCGGAACUACAGAAAACAACAUGGCGGGGUUCGGAGCCUUUCUGAAAAAUGCGUGGAACAAGGAGCCGGUUAUCGUGGCCUCCUGUGCGCUUGGUCUGCUAGGUACCGCUUUACCAUUUAUCAGCCCCCUCUCCAAGUACACGGGCAUGAUAAACGCAGCUGUGCCAUAUAACUACCCAGUUCCAAUGCGAGAUGAUGGAAACAUGCCCGACGUCCCCGCUCAUCCAUGUGAGGCAAAAGGACAGAGCCUCGAAUGGCUUAAGAAGCUGUGACUUGACUUUCUCACGUACCUCCUGUUCCUGUCUGUCUGCUCUGUUUGUCCCACAAUAAAGACUCUUUAUUUAAUACCA